GCCGAACCCCUCUCUCUCUUAACUUCUUCAUCUAUUGACACUCACUCGCACACGAUAAUUACCCCCUAGCACGAUGGCUUUCCCUCCUCCUCCGGUUGACACGAUUGACUGGAGCAAUGUUGGAUUCAAAGUUCGCGAAGUCAACGGCCAUGUCGAAAGCACGUACGUCAAAACCACCAACCGGUGGACCCCCCCGCGCUUCGUGCGCUCUCCCUACCUGCCCAUCCACGGCAUGGCCCCCGGGCUCAACUACGGCCAACAAGCCUACGAAGGCCUGAAAGCCUUCCGCCACGCCAACGGCCAAAUCACCAUCUUCCGCCCGGACCGGAACGCGAAACGCCUGCAGCGCUCGGCGCAGUUCAUCUCCAUCCCGCCCGUGCCGGAGCCGCUGUUCCUCGAAGCCGUGGAGCGCGCCGUGGCCGCCAACGCCGAGUUCGUGCCGCCGCACGAAACCGGCGCGGCAAUGUACAUCCGCCCGCUGGUUUUCGGGUCGGCGGCGCAGCUGGGGCUGGCCCCGCCGGACGAGUACACGUUCGUGGUGUUCGUGAUGCCCACGGGCGUGUACCACGGCGUGCAUGCCGUGGACGCCCUGGUCCUGGAGGACUUCGACCGCGCCGCGCCGCAGGGGACGGGCUCCGCGAAAGUCGGCGGCAACUAUGCGCCCGUGCUGCGGCACAGCGCGCGCGCCCAGGCCGAGGGCUUCGGCAUCACCUUGCAUCUGGACAGUCGCACGCGCUCCGAGAUCGAUGAAUUCUCGACCUCCGCCAUGAUCGCCGUGCGGAAGGAUCAGGAUGAGCGGACCGGCGACGCGGUGACGACGCUCGUGCAGCCGGAUAGCCCCAACGUGAUUGAUUCCGUCACGGCCGCCUCGGUGUGCGAGAUCGCCACGGCGUAUUUCGGCUGGCGCGUCGAGAAGAGACGCAUCCCCUACGAGGAGUUGGGCCGGUUCGAUGAGGUCAUGGCUGCCGGGACCGCCGCGGCCCUGGUCCCCAUUCGCAGCAUCACGCGGCGCUCGACUGGUGAUCGCUUUCAGUAUGAGUGUGGUGGGGAGGAGGAGGCCAGCGGUGGAGAGGUCUGUGUCAAGUUGCUGCAGACCCUCAAGGGCAUCCAGAUGGGCAAGGUCGAGGAGAAGCUCGGGGGAUGGAACCAUGUCGUGAAGCCACUGCCUGCUGGCUGGUUGGAUGCAGUCUAGGGGAGGUGGUGCCUUGAGUAUAGGCUAGUAAAAGAGUCAUUGAUUGUCAUUUAUUACGAGAUCGUGGUGUUUCGCUAGCUAUCCUACAUAGGAACAAAAUCAUACAUGAACAAUGGAACGGCAUGUAUCCGAAGCAUAUGUAGCUUCCAACAGGAGAAAUUGAAU